GUGAGCAGACAUCAGACAAACUAGUAACAGAGAGAGUGAAGUGGGAAACAGACAAACAGGAGGAAGAGGAGACAGAUGGGAGCGGGGGGGAGGAGAAGUGAGUGCUGAGGGGGUAGGAGGGAGUGAGAGGUGAGAUUCUGAACCUGCAGGGGUGGGCUGGGGGAUACAAAGUGUUACAAUAUAGGAAGCAAUCAGGGAUAGGGGGAGAUAUAGGAUUAGUGGAGAGAGGGAGCCAGGAGAGGGCAGGGGAAAGUCACAGGGUGUCUCCCUUGUUGCCCCCCCCCAUGGCCUGAAGUCCCGGGGCACCAUGUGGGUGAGCUGGGUGUUGCUGUGGAUUCUCCACGCUGGAUGUGAGGGGAUGAGAGCCCAAAGGAGGAUCCCCAUGGACACGGUAAAGCUGUGGGCUGAUACUUUUGGCAGUGAAGUAUACUCUGUAGUCACCAAAUACUCCGGGUCUCUUCUGUUACAGAAGAAGUACAAGGAUGUGGAGCCCACUCUUAACAUUGAGGAGGUGGAUGGUCUGGACCUGGUGCGGAAAUUCUCGGAGGAAAUGGAGCGGAUGCUGAGGAGGAAAGUGGAAGCUGUUGAGAGGCUAGUGGAAGCUGCGGAAGAAGCUGAUUUGAAUCACGAGUUUAAUUCUUCUUUGGAGUUUGAAUACUAUAACUCAGUGCGAAUUAAUGAGAAGGAUGAGUUGGAUAAUUAUGUGGAGCUUGGGAAAGAGUUCAUUCUGGAGGCAAACGAGCACUUUAAUAAUCUGAGGGUAAACACAACCCUCAGUAAUAUCCAGCUUCCCACCAAUGUCUACAACAAAGACCCUGACAUUCUGAAUGGUGUUUACAUGUCGGAAGCACUGAAUCCCAUCUUUGUGGAUAAUUUUCAGCGGGACCCCACGCUCACCUGGCAGUACUUUGGCAGUUCCACUGGCUUCUUCAGGUUGUACCCAGGUAUUAAAUGGGUACCAGAUGAAAAUGGAGUGAUCUCGUUUGACUGCAGGAAUCGGGGCUGGUACAUACAGGCUGCCACUUCUCCUAAGGACAUAGUGAUUGUGGUUGACAUAAGUGGAAGCAUGAAGGGGCUAAGGAUGACCAUUGCCAAACACACAAUCAGUACACUGCUGGAUACGCUGGGGGAGAAUGAUUUUGUGAAUGUAAUUGCUUACAAUGAUUAUGUGCACUACAUUGAGCCUUGUUUUAAAGGGAUCCUGGUACAAGCUGACCGAGAUAACAGAGAGCAUUUUAAACAGUUAGUGGACGAACUGCAGGCAAAAGGUGUUGGAACAGUCAACAAAGCCCUCAUCGAAGCCUUCAAAAUCCUAAAAGAGUUCCGAGAGGCGGGUCAGGGCGGGCUGUGUAAUCAGGCCAUCAUGCUGAUAACUGAUGGGGCUGUAGAAGAAUAUGAACCGGUGUUUGAGAAGUACAACUGGCCUGAUAAAAAGGUGCGAAUCUUUACAUAUCUCAUUGGGAGAGAAGUGACAUUUGCAGAGAACGUGAAAUGGAUCGCCUGCAGCAAUAAAGGCUACUACACUCAGAUAUCCACUCUAGCUGAUGUCCAGGAGAAUGUGAUGGAAUAUCUUCAUGUACUGAGCCGGCCAAUGGUAAUCAACCAUGACCAUGAUAUCAUCUGGACUGAAGCUUAUAUGGAUAGCGCGCUGCCCCAGUCUGAAGAGCUCUUUGCAUCCCAGGCUCAGAGUCUCCUGUUAAUGACCACUGUGGCCAUGCCUGUAUUCAGCAAGAAAAACGAAACGAGAUCAGAAGGAAUCCUUUUGGGUGUGGUCGGGUCAGAUGUACCACUGCGUGAGCUCCUAAAAUUGGCCCCCAGGUAUAAGCUUGGAGUUCAUGGGUACGCCUUUCUAAAUACUAACAAUGGGUACAUACUGUCUCAUCCUGAUCUACGGCCUCUGUAUAAAGAAGGAAAGAAGCUCCGACCAAAACCCAACUAUAACAGUGUGGAUCUCUCAGAGGUGGAAUGGGAAGAUCGGGAUGAGAUUCUUCGGACCGCCAUGAUUAACGGUGAGACCGGUUCUUUGAGCAUAGAGGUCAAAGUGCCUGUAGAUAAAGGGAAACGUGUCCUGUUUCUGACCAGUGAUUAUUUCUACACAGAUAUCAGUGACACCCCAUUCAGCCUUGGUGUUGUGUUGUCUCGUGGACAUGGGGAAUAUAUCCUUAUUGGAAACACAUCCAUGGAAGAAGGGCUGCACGAUCUACUUCACCCAGACCUUACACUGGCCAAUGAGUGGAUAUAUUGUAUCACAGAUAUUGACCCUGAUCAUCGGAAGCUCAACCAGUUGCAGGCUGUAACACGCUUCCUGAUGGGAGAAGACCCAGACUUGGAAUGUGAUGAGGAGCUGGUGCAGGAAGUCCUGUUUGAUGCUGUGGUCACGGCUCCAUUAGAAGCCUACUGGACACAGUUAGCCCUUAAUAUGUCAGGCCAAGUAGAAGGGGUAGAGAUUGCUUUCCUGGGAACACGGGCUGGACUGAUGAGGAAAACUUUUUUUGUAGGAACUGAGCAACUCUCCAAUAAGAAGUUCCUGCAUUAUGAGGAGAAGGAGAGUAUUUUUACCAUGGAUCAUUUUCCUUUGUGGUACAGACGGGCUGCAGAGCAUCCUGCUGGGAGUUUUGUCUUCCAUGUUCCUACAGAUGACAACCCAGAUCAUAAUCCCAGCGAGAACGACAUUGGUGAGCCCCCUCUCCAGCCAAGCGUCCCGGAUGAGCAGAUUCUUCAGGAAGGAGGUCCCAAGCCAGAAGUGGUAACAGUCAGCACAGCCAUAUCUGUCACUGUGCACAACAAAACAGCCAUUGCCGCAGCUAUCGGUGUCCAAAUGAAGCUGACUUUGCUGCAGAACAUAUUCUGGAGUGUAACCCGCAAGUGUGACGAUGAAGAGGAUUUGUGCCCCUUGAGCUGUGAGGAUGAGACCCUGCACUGCUAUCUUAUUGACAAUAACGGAUUCAUAGUGGUUGCCAAAAACCCGGAUAAGACAGGGGUAUUCCUUGGAGAAGUUGACGGCUCAUUGAUGACCCAACUCCUGGAAAUGGGCUUUUUUAGACAGGUCACUCUAUAUGACUACCAAGCUAUGUGCAAACUGCCGUACCACCACCACAGUGGCGCUCGUAACCUGCUCAAUCCGCUGUUUGCUUUGAUAUCUGCUGCUCAGUGGCUCCUCAGCAACUUUGUAUUGUUUUUGUUGGAGUUUAGUUUCUGUUCCUUUUGGUCAUCUGAUAACACAGCGGAAGCAAAGUCAUUCUUCCAUCACUCUCAUAAGCACAAGAAGCAGGACAUGUUACAGCCAUGUGACACAGAAUACCCAGCCUUUGUACAUGAAACCUCAAUCAAGGACUCCAACGGGCUGAUCCAGUGUGGUGACUGCCAAAAGAUGUUCGUGGUUCACCAGGUCCCGUACAGUAACCUCCUGCUAUUGGUCAGUGACUCCACCUGUGAUUGCAGCAUCUUCCCUCCUGUUUCAUUAAAUGCCAAAGAAGUCAAAUAUAUCGCUUCUGUGAAGUGUGACCGCAUGCGCUCCCAGAAACUGAGACGCCGGCCACAUUCCUGUCAUGCGUUCCAUGCAGAGGAAAAUGCUCAGGAUUGCGGCGGGGUGUCUGGACUUUCAUCCUCCCUCUCAUUGCUUCUUGGAGCACUUGCUGUGUCUUUGCGGUGACAAUACUUUCUGGCGCCCAGCGCUGACUGCGAGAAAGGUCUUGCUUUAUGACUAUUGGAUGUUAUCCAUCAUCCUAUGAAGACCCCUCUGUUCAUUUUACCCGAACUGCAAUGAAGGGGUUGCGGCUAAUUAUCUAUGCAACAUGCACAAGGAACCUGCAGCGCCCAGGAGGACAUCACAGUGGAACUGAACAGUUCACUAGACCUGCUUCACUCAUCUGCUUUAUAAAGGAACCUGUAAUUCUUUAGUGCCUUGUGAAGUUGCAUGGUAUUACAAAACCUUUGGCACUUUUAGGGUCCAAUGCAGCUAACUAAAACAAACUUUUGUUAUAAUUCUGUCUAACCCACCAAGUAUGAAGACUAAGAGAGGACCUUAUCCCUCGUACAGCAAGAUAUUCUCUAUUUUCUUUGUGGCCGUAGACGCCCUUCUGUUAAAUUCACAGUAAGCCAUGCUUUCUGGACUGUCUCUGUUUUGCUAUAGUGCACUUUUCUAUAGGGCUCAAAAAUUUCUAGGAUAAUUUCAUAUAUAGAUCGAUAUAACUUGUGGAAUAUCCAGCUGAUGGCAUCAAAACGGGGCUUGUUAGCACGCUUUAUAAGACUUUCUGUUGUAUUGUAGUGGAUUGAAAAAAUUAUGACUAAUGGGGAGGGGGUAGAAACCCUGCAAGCAAAUUUUACUUGGUGACCGUGUUGAGAAAGUCACUUGUGCUACUGGUGGUGCACUCAUCUUCUGCUCCCUUUAUGACACUGUAUUAUAGACAAAGAGUGAUAGCAUGCCUUGUCCGGCACUAUCACCUUUUGAUUGAGGGAAACCAGAUCUCCUGCUAUCCCCAACCUAAUCAUCAUGGAUUGCAUCUCCAGACCUCCUCAUCACAAGUGAACAAUCUGUUUUGGGGUGAAAAAGGUUCCCCUAUCAUAUUGUUGCAACCCAGAGCACUCAAAGCAUCCCGUCACACAGUCUGGAGAUAUUUGUUCUGCAAUUAUCAAGGAAUUCAAAUGUAUUAGAAUUGUACCUGGCAUUGAAAAUAAAUCCUUUGAAAUAUAAAGAAUUCCAACUUAAAUUGGCAUUUUUAAGAUUAAUAAGUGUGCCACAGACUAGAAAAGAUUUUAAAGGGACAAUGGUGUGACAAUGUCCCAUUUUGGUGCUAUGUUUCUUAGCCACAUUGCAGGCAAAUCUCUUUGUUUAGUAUUAAAUGCUGGCCUUUGUAUACACACUGUCAAGGUGCAGAAAUUCACAAACUACAAAGAUGGCCACCGCCAAUCACCAGAUAGUAGGCAUAGCAUGCAAAGUGUGCAUUUUGAUCACAAGUUAUUAUUAUUAUCAUCAUCAUUUUAGUAGCACCAACAUAUUCCACAGCGCUUUACAAUAAGAAAAUGUGGAUAUUUGACUAAAAAUGUUUACAUGUGGAAUUUAACUGAAACAAUACGUGAAGACUGAUAGCCCUGCUAAAGCAAGCUUACGAUAUAUUAGAUCAUUAGCUAAACUUCCUGAAAGCUACAUUGAUAUCCACAUGUUUUGUGCAUGACAGUCCAUUCA